UCCGCUGGCUAAUAUGGCUGCCACGUGGUGCUGUCAGUGUGACUGGUGUGGUGGGCUGAGUACUUGAUGCGCGGUCGGGUUGUAGUGCGGAUAUUUAAUGGAAUUCAUCACAUAUUUACUGUAGUUGCUUCACUGAUUACUCUUAAGUGCGAACAGUUCGUUACGUAACGCUGGAACAUGAGCGAGGUUAAAAAUAGAAAACGAAACACGCCGAAAGCGGCCGCUGCUUCGGAGAGCUUGUCACCUGUUGAAGCGAUUGACGGGAGCGACGACCCCAGCAAUGCUAACGGUACCUUACGUCACGAAGGUGUACUGAAGGAAACACCGGAGGUUCCUCGUGUGGAAACGAACAACGCAUUUAGUUACUUGAGCUCGUGUCUAAAUGGCUCCUCCAAAGCUUUCACCGUCAGCAUCGAAAUUGAUGCAAUGUCUGUGGCUCUAUUUUUCUUGGCGCUUCUCACAAGAAUGUGGAGGCUGGAAUAUCCUCGGAGCAUCGUAUUCGACGAGUUACAUUACGGAAAAUUCGCCAGCCUGUACAUGAAGAAUAUUUUCUUUUUCGAUUCGCAUCCACCACUUGGAAAGCAGCUGGUUGCAUUAGCAGGAUAUCUGGCUGGCUUUGAUGGUGAUACUGAAUUUGACAGGAUAGGUGGCAGUUACAGUGAAUCAGUCCCAUUGUGGGCUCUACGAUUUGUGCCAGCAUUUUUUGGCUCACUGUUGGUGCCCGUCACUUACCACCUUGCACUGUCGCUUGGCUUGACCCAAGUGUCAGCGGCCUUGGCUGCCGUACUUGUACUUGUUGAGAACUCUCUUCUCACCCAAUCACGGUUUGUCCUCAUGGAAGGUAUCCUGAUGUGCUUCUCAGCACUGGGCCUGCUCGCAUUGCUCAAGUUCCGGAGGCAGAGGUCGUUCACAUUCUCCUGGUGGUUGUGGUUGAUCCUGUCUGUCUCAUUUCUCACAUGUUCUAUGUGCGUCAAGUACAUUGGCAUUUUUUCUAUGCUUUUAGCAGUCUACAUAAUGGCUAGAGAUUUUUGGAGAAUGCUUGGAAAUGGCUCUUUCUCAGAUGCCACACUGUGGGCACACUUCAUUGCAAGGGCAACUGUGAUGACAGUGGUGCCUCUAGGCAUCUACCUUGGUGUGUUCUAUGUGCAUCUGAGCCUUCUUACCAGGGCAGGUCCUCAUGACAACAUUAUGACCAGUGCUUUCCAAGCAAGCCUUGAGGGAGGAUUGGCAUCCAUCACUAGAGGCCAACCAUUGUCAGUGGUCCACGGUUCGCAGAUCACCUUACGGCAUACACAUGGUCGUGCCUGCUGGCUGCACUCACACCCACAUGUGUACCCAGUCAAGUACCCUGAUGGCAGGGGCAGCUCACAUCAACAGCAGGUGACAUGCUACAGCUUCAAAGAUGUCAACAACUGGUGGAUAGUGAAGCGUCCAUCUGUAAAGGACAUAGUUGUCUCAGAUCCUCCAGAUGUUAUCAAGCAUGGUGACAUUGUUCAGCUCAUUCAUGGCAUGACAAGUCGGGCAUUAAACAGCCAUGAUGUCGCUUCUCCAAUGUCACCUCAACAUCAGGAAGUGUCAUGCUAUAUUAAUUACAACAUAUCUUUCCCAUCACAAAACUUGUGGAAAGUGGAUAUUGUGAACAGAGACACGGAAGGGGACAUCUGGCACACGAUACAUUCACAUGUGCGACUAAUUCAUGUCAACACAUCCCAAGCUUUGAAGUUUAGUGGCAAGCAACUUCCAGACUGGGGAUUUCACCAACAUGAAGUUGUCACUGAUCGUUUUAUCUCUCAGGAUGAUACAGUGUGGAAUGUUGAAGAGCACCGUUAUACUAAAAAUUCAGAUGAAAAAGAGCGGGAGCGUGACAUGGUCUCGGCUGAAUUUGUACCACUGCAGCCUACACACUUGACGUUCUUCCAAAAGAUGUGGGAGCUUCAGUACAAAAUGUUAUUGGUAAACCAGGAGAAUGUGCAGGAUCAUGUGUACAGCUCUGAACCAAUGGAAUGGCCACUAAUGGUUCGUGGCAUUGCAUACUGGAUUAGUCCCGUCACCAAUGCCCAGAUUCACUUGAUUGGGAAUGUGGUUACUUGGUACACUGCCACCGUCUGCCUCUUCCUUUAUUUGCUCAUCUUCUGCUUUUAUCUUCUGAGACGGCAGCGGCUGGUCUGUGACAUUCCUGAAGAUACAUUUGAAAAGUUCAGGUUUGGAGGAGAGCUGUGUGUUGUCGGUUAUGCCAUGCACUUGGUGCCAUAUUUCUUCGCUGACCGGACAUUGUUUUUGCACCACUACCUGCCCGCACUGCUGUACAAGAUCCUUGUCAUUGUUGUUGUGCUGGAGCACCUUGACUAUGUCUUCUGCCAUGUCAUCAAGAAGAAGUGGAUACAGCUUGGGUUCUAUGCUUCUGUUAUUGUCUGGCUGCUGGGUGUCAUCUAUGUCUUCUGGAGAUUCUCUGUGUUUUCAUAUGGUACAACUGCCCUGUCAGCACAGGAUGUCCUGGACCUGAAGUGGAGGGACUCAUGGAGCUUCAUCAUUCACCGUCCUUGAUUUCUGUUUGUGUAUGUGAUCUGUUACCUUCCUGUUCCUGAAAGGUUACUGAACGGGAUUCUUUAUUGUGUAUGAUUUUAUUGUUUUCUUUUAAGCUGAAGUUUUGAAAUGUUACAAGAACCUCAUCAGACUGAGAAAUUUAGUGUAUCACACUGAGCAAGUGCACUGUGCUUCCAGUGAGUGCCACUUUGGUGACUCAGUGCUACACAGUAAAACAAAGUGUAGUUUGGCAAUGAUUGGUUUCUAAGCAAACCAUAUAAAGUAAUUGGUAGUAAUUGGGAAUGGUUA